AGUCUGUUGGUAUAGCAUACUGGCGCGCGUGAUGACUGUAUAAGGUUCGUCUGACUGUUGCCUGCAGCUGCCACAGCGAAGAUGGCAGACGCUCUGAGUAAAGUGCCCGAUGUCGACAUUGAUCCGGAGGGAAAGUUUAAAUACAUAUUAGUGAACAUAAAGGUUAAAGGUGGAACGGAACAAAAAGUGAUAGUGAGGGGAACUAAAACUGCGGAGUACCACAAUCACAUAUUUGAAAAAGUGAAUCCUGCUAUGGAGGCUUUGGGACUGGAGUGUAGUUGUCUUGGUGGUGGCAAGAUUGAGCACAACAACACAGAAAAGAAACUUCGGGUGUUUGGAGAGUCUACGGGAUAUGGGAAGGCUGACCAUGCUCUCACGGUGGAAAAGCUAAAAUCUGUCUUCAAAGACUAUGAAAUCACUAUGGAAUAAAAGUCUAAAUUGAUCACUCUAAAUUCAUGGGCAUGAACAUUUUGUGAAAGUAUACAAUUUGAUAACACUUCAGCUAUACCUCAUUUUCAUUUGGAUAAAAUUAAUGAAUUCACUCACUGGUCUGUCAGCAGUGUCAAAGUUGAGGUUAGAUCACUGACCUUGAUAGCGAGGUCUAACCUGCACAGGAACUCUGCAUGUGUUUUGCAGAGUGAUAAACAUAUCCAGUCUCCUGUCUCCAUCACGGAAUGUGUCUGUGUAGAGAUCAGGGACAGAUAAAAGAGUGUCUGUAUGAUUCAUCAUAUGUCUAAUUUGCUACUGGAAUUCAUUGAGAAAUUUGGCAUUGAGAUACAAGCAUUCAGUGUAUGGAUUCAUAUUUGGUGAGAAAACAUUUUACUGACUCAAUCGCUCUGGUUUCAUCAUUACAAUUAAAUUGUAAAGGCCCAUUAUUGUGUGAAGUCUUACAUUUAUAUAGUUAUAGUGUGAUUUUCAGUAGAACCCUUAAUGGAUCUUAUUUUAUAGAUGACGUGUUUUGAACACAAGUGAUUUUCCCAUCCUGUUUCUUAAGUUGAAACCUUUACCAGUUUCCUCUAGCCUACCCUGAGACCCCGAAUAUGACCCUCAUUGUCUAUUACCAUUAAGAGGUUAAACGAGAGAGCUUGCACAGCAAGACUAUUUUUUACACUAAAUAGUGUAUUCAUUGUUCAAUUAAAGUUAUCCUAAAAGGUGCCAGUGCCAAGUGUUUUGUUUUUUUAGCAGAGGCCUUCUCAAAAAGGAAAAAAGGUUUGAUAUCAUUUUACAGUGUCAAUGCCACAGCUUUAUUCGUUUAAAUUCAAGGUAUUAUUUUUUAUUUAGAACAAAACUUAUGUAUUAAGGCUGAACAAGGUAAAGUGCUGUGAUUAAUUGCGAUUUAUUUUCCCUGUGAAAUUCCCAUUUUCCUGUGACAUGUUUAGAGUAUAUUUGAACAUAAUGGGGCUGUAUUUGGAAGUUCCUGUAGAUGUUAUCGCCAUCAUAGUCUUCUGUUAAUAGGCUUUUGUUUCCCUUAGCAUGUGGCUGGCGUAUGUGUUUGCACUUACCGUCAAGGAUGUUAAAAGAAAAAUCUGAAAGUGUCACUUUGAAGUAGAGAGGUGUGGCAUAUAGUUAAACAAUAUUGGUAGCCACUGUAUGAUCUCCAGACAGUAUUCUGGUAAUUUGAUCCGUUUAGGCAUGUGCAGCCCCUGUUCCUGCACUCACUUACAGGAACCACUGGAUUAUUUUCAUUCAUCUAAAUUGAGUCAGUCUUCAUUACAAAUAAAUAUAUGAUUAUGAGGAAGUUGAAGAUGUGCAUUCAAAGUAACUUUUUGUGGUGGAGACAAGAGCACGUCAGACAUUAACAAUGUAAGAAAUAUUCAUGAUAUCUCUAUCCCCAAGAUAACUAUCAAAAACUUAGGUCAAAAACUGUAUAUCUUAAAAUAAAAGCAACAG